AUGAAAUCAUUGAGUGAUCUGAUAUUUGAUCUGGAAGGUUCGGACGGCGAAAGUGUUUUCUCAAGUCGGGACGUAAAAGAUCACGUUAAUACCUUGAUUGUAUCAGGCUAUGACACUAUUGCAACAAACCUUGUAAUUACACUUCUCUUAAUCGGCUCAUAUAAAGAAGUUCAAGACAAAAUCUGUAAUGAGCUUGAAGAAGUAUUUGUGCAGUCCGAUAGGGAUGUUGAAAAGCAAGACUUACCUCGUCUUACUUACUUGGAGGCAGUUAUAAAGGAAUCUAUGAGGCUAUACCCACUUGGUCCUGUGUUAUCCCGACGUCUUGACAAGGACCUAAAACUAAGAAAUUAUACUUUAUAUUCUGGAAAAAAUUGUUUCUUAUCCGUCUAUAGUGCACACCGACAUCCUGUGUGGGGUCAAGAUGCGAAUGAUUUUAAGCCGGAGAGGUGGCUGAACCCCGAAACAUUGCCAAAGAAUCCAAAUUAUUUUUUACCUUUUAGCCUGGGAAGAAGAAAUUGUAUAGGUAAAACUUACGCGAUGAUGUGGUUAAAGACAGUUAUUUCACAUUUAUUGCGUAAAUAUCUAAUUACUGGAGAUCACAAAAAACUUGUGCUUAAGUUCGAUUUCCUGCUUAAACCUUUUUCGGGUCAUUACAUAGCUAUUGAAAGAAGAAACUAA